UCUUUCCGCCUCCCCAGCCCGCCCGGGAGCUGCGAUCCGUGAGCUGGAUUAUGGUGGCCUGAGCAGCCAACGCAGCCGCAGGAUCCCGGAGUCCCUGCCCCUGCCCGCGCCGCCGCCCGCCGGGGGGACCCGGGAAGCCGCCGCCGGCCCGCCAUGCCCGCCCCUCCCAGCCCCGCCGGGAGCCCGCGCCCGCUGCCGAGGCUGGCGGCCGCCGUGCCGAUGUAGUGGGCUCCGGAUCCCAGCCUCUCCCCUUCUCCCGAGCUCUGCGGAUCUCCCCUGCCCGCUCUCCACCGCCCGGACCCGGGGGCUAGCCCAGGGCCCUGCAGGCUCUGGCGUCCUGAUGCCCCCAAGCUCCCUCUCCUGAGAAGCCACCAGCACCACCCAGACUUGGGGACAGGCGCCAGGGACGGACGUGGACCAGUGCGAGCCUAGAGGGCCCGAAGGCCGGGGCCCACCAUGGCCCAAGCCCUGCCCUGGCUCCUGCUGUGGAUGGGCGCGGGAGUGCUGCCUGCCCACGGCACCCAGCACGGCAUCCGGCUGCCCCUGCGCAGUGGCCUGGGGGGCGCCCCCCUGGGGCUGCGGCUGCCCCGGGAGACCGACGAGGAGCCCGAGGAGCCCGGCCGGAGGGGCAGCUUUGUGGAGAUGGUGGACAACCUGAGGGGCAAGUCGGGGCAGGGCUACUACGUGGAGAUGACCGUGGGCAGCCCCCCGCAGACGCUCAACAUCCUGGUGGACACAGGCAGCAGUAACUUUGCAGUGGGCGCUGCUCCCCACCCCUUCCUGCAUCGCUACUACCAAAGGCAGCUGUCCAGCACAUACCGGGACCUCCGGAAGGGUGUGUAUGUGCCCUACACCCAGGGCAAGUGGGAAGGGGAGCUGGGCACUGACCUGGUAAGCAUCCCCCAUGGCCCCAACGUCACUGUGCGUGCCAAUAUUGCUGCCAUCACAGAAUCAGACAAGUUCUUCAUCAACGGCUCCAACUGGGAAGGCAUCCUGGGGCUGGCCUAUGCUGAAAUUGCCAGGCCUGAUGACUCCCUGGAGCCUUUCUUCGACUCCCUGGUAAAGCAGACCCACGUUCCCAACCUCUUCUCCCUGCAGCUCUGUGGCGCUGGCUUCCCCCUCAACCAGUCUGAAGUGCUGGCCUCGGUUGGAGGGAGCAUGAUCAUUGGAGGUAUCGACCACUCACUGUACACAGGCAGUCUCUGGUAUACACCCAUCCGGCGGGAGUGGUAUUAUGAGGUGAUCAUUGUACGGGUGGAGAUCAAUGGACAGGAUCUGAAAAUGGACUGCAAGGAGUACAACUAUGAUAAGAGCAUCGUGGACAGCGGCACCACCAACCUUCGUUUGCCCAAGAAAGUGUUUGAAGCUGCAGUCAAAUCCAUCAAGGCAGCCUCCUCAACGGAGAAGUUCCCCGAUGGUUUCUGGCUAGGAGAGCAGCUGGUGUGUUGGCAAGCAGGCACCACCCCUUGGAACAUUUUCCCAGUCAUCUCACUCUACCUAAUGGGUGAGGUUACCAAUCAGUCCUUCCGCAUCACCAUCCUUCCACAGCAAUACCUGCGGCCAGUGGAAGAUGUGGCUACAUCCCAAGACGACUGUUACAAGUUUGCCAUCUCACAGUCAUCCACGGGCACUGUUAUGGGAGCUGUUAUCAUGGAGGGCUUCUAUGUUGUCUUUGAUCGGGCCCGAAAACGAAUUGGCUUUGCUGUCAGCGCUUGCCAUGUGCACGAUGAGUUCAGGACGGCAGCGGUGGAAGGCCCUUUUGUCACCCCGGACAUGGAAGACUGUGGCUACAACAUUCCACAGACAGAUGAGUCAACCCUCAUGACCAUAGCCUAUGUCAUGGCUGCCAUCUGCGCCCUCUUCAUGCUGCCACUCUGCCUCAUGGUGUGUCAGUGGCGCUGCCUCCGCUGCCUGCGCCAGCAGCAUGAUGACUUUGCUGAUGACAUCUCCCUGCUGAAGUGAAGAGGCCCAUGGGCAGAAGAUAAGAGAUUCCCCUGGACCACACCUCCGUGGUUCACUUUGGUCACAAACAGGAGACACAGAUGGCAACUGUGGCCAGAGCACCUCAGGACCCUCCCCACCCACCAAAUGCCUCUGCCUAGAUGGAGAAGGAAAGGCUGGCAAGGUGGGUUCCAGGGACUGUACUUGUAGGAAACAGAAAAGAGAAGAAAGAAGCAUUCUGGUGGCGGGAAUACUCUUGGUCACCUCAAAUUUAAGUUGGGAAAUUCUGCUGCUUGAAACUUCAGCCCUGAACCUUUGUCCACCAUUCCUUUAAAUUCUCCAACCCAAAGUAUUCUUCUUUUCUUAGUUUCAGGAGUACUGGCAUCACACCCAGGCUACCCUGGCAUGUGUCCCUGUGGUACCCUGGCAGAGAAGAGACCAAUCUUGUUUCCCUGCUGGCCAAAGUCAGUAGGACAGGAUGCACAGUUUGCUGUUUGCUUUAGAGACAGGGACUAUAUAAACAAGCCUAACAUUGGUGCAAAGAUUGCCUCUUGAAUUAAAAAAAACUAGAUUGAAUAUUUAUACAAAUGGGGGCGGUUGGAAAGAGGAGAAGGAGAGGGAGCACAAAGACAGGGAAUAGUGGAAUCAAAGCUAAGAAAGGCAGAAACACAACCAUUCACCAGUCCCAGUUUUAGACCUCAUCUCCAAGAGAGAUAGCAUCCCAUCUCAUAAGAUGGGUGUUGUUUUCAAUGUUUUAUUUUCUGUGGUUGCAGCCUGACCAAAUGUGAGAUGGGAAGGGCUUAUCUAGCCAAAGAGCUCUUUUUUAGCUCUCUUAAAUGAAGUGCCCAUUAAGAAGUUCUACUUAACACAUGAAUUUCUACCAUAUUUGAUUCACUUGUAUCUACCCUGAACUCUUUAUUCUACAUAUGAUAGGCAGCACUGAAAUAUCCUAACCCCCUAAGCUCCAGGUGCCCUAGGGGAGAGCAACUGGAAUAUAGCAGGGCUGGGCUCUGUCUUCCUGGUUACAGGUUCACUCUUUCCCCCAAAUCUUCCUCUAGAGCUUUGCAGAUGAGGUGCUAAAAGGAAUAGGUAGGAGACCUCUUCUACCUAAUCCUUAAAAGCAUAAUGUUGAAGAUUCAUUCAACAGCUGUUGCCCUAUAAUUCCUGCCUGGAUUUUUUCCUAUUAUGCUGUAAGAAGUGGCAAGAUCUUUACAUAAUACAGAGUGGUUUCAUUGCCUUCCUACCCUCUCUAAUGGCCCCUCCAUUUAUUUGACUAAAGCAUCACACAGUGGCACUAGUAUUAUACCAAGAGUAUGAGAAGAACAGUGCUUUCUGGUUCUAACAUCAUUGCCUUCAGUAUCAAGGCUGCCUGGAGAAAGGAUGGCAGCCUCAGGGCUUCCUUAUGUCCUUCACCACAAAAGCUCCUUAAUGAAGGCCAUCUUUUUCCCCUAUCCUGCUCUCCCCUCCCCACUUCUAAUGGUACGUGGGUACCCAGGCUGGUUCUUGGGCUAGGUAGUGGGGACCAAGUUCGUUACCUCCUUAUCAGUUCUAGCAUAGUAAACUACAAUACCAAGUGUCAGUGGGAAGAGCUGGGUUUUCCUGGUAUACCCACUUCAUCCUACUCCUAUCUGGUCAACACGCUGCUUCCAGGUAUGGGACCUGCCAAGUGUGGAAUUACCUGAUAAGGGAGAGGGAACUACAAGGAGGGCCUCUGGAGUUCCUGGCCUCAGCCAGCUGCCCGCAAGCCAUAAACCAAUAAAACAAGAAUACUGAGUCAGUUUUUUAUCUGGGUUCUCUUCAUUCCCACUGCACUUGGUGCUGCUUUGGCUGACUGAGAACACCCCCUAACUACAGAGCCUGACAGGAAGACUGGAGACUGUCUGCUUCUAGCUUGGAACUUACUGUGUAAAUAAACUUCCAGAACUGCUA